GUACAUGGGAAGCCUCAGCUAGCAUUUAGUAUCCGGCUUACGCUUUGAAAGCUGCAGUGAGGAGAGAGUCGGGACGGGAGGCCUCGCGAGAGCAGGCAAAAAAAUAUACAGGUUUGCGAGUGACACGCACCGUAGGAGCCGCGAAGCAUCAUCGUCGGAGGGAGGGUAGGUGAUGACGUCGUGCGGCGGCCGGGGACUGGCCGAUAGGAGUCAAUUGGAGCGGCAGAUGGGAUGCAUGACCGGGUUGCUCCACCUCUUCGACCGCCACCAGGUCCUCGCCCGGAAGCGCCUUCCUCCGCCACCGGCCGCGGGAUCGAGCUCGUCGUCGGAGAGGCCGCAUGCUUCCUCGGCGGCGAUGCUUGUGAAGGAGACGCAUUCUCUCGCGGUGAACGAGGUCAAGGAUGGGGUGAGGCCCUUGUCGAAGCGCAGCCGCGCCAUGGUCGUCGCCAAGGGCAAGCUCCGCCCGCGGGAAAUCCGGGCAGCGGUUCCAGUUGCCUCCUCUUGCGAUGGUUCCGACGCCUCUGAGGCGGUGGACGAAAGCGAGAGGCUACGCCGUUCCCCGAGCGUUGUGGCGCGGCUAAUGGGGCUCGACGCACUACCGGACGAGUCGGACCGUGCAGAACUGCGCCGAUCUACGUCGGAGUCUCGCGUUCCCGGGGACCCAGCGUACGUCCGGUUCCUCGACGGAAGUUCAUUCUCCAAAUCCUCGCCGGUGGAGGCCGCCCCUGUCUCCGCCAACGAGUUCAUCAGAAUGACCAAUCUUGGCCAAUUAAACGUCCCCGUUGCCGAGAAAACCAAAUCGCCGGCUAGGACACCGUUCCUUCCCCCUCUCCAGAGGAAGAGCUUCUUCGACGCUGGGGACUUCUACCCGGAGCCGAAGAGGUGGGGAUUGCUCCCCAUUGAGUUCGGGAAACAGCGCCUGACACGUGGGAUGGACGAGGCGGCGAGGGAUUUGGAUACGCUGAAGCAGAUCCUGGAGGCGCUUCAGCUCAAGGGGCUUCUCCACUCCGACCCAUUGUAUCGCCAUAUCAACGGCCGCCGCGGCCACUUACUCGACCACCACUACGACUCGCCGAUCGUCGUCAUCGAACCUGCUCCCAAGCCAUCUCGGAGGGCAUCCAGCGAACCCCGGUCGCCACUUCCACCACCUGGACCCGCCGCUAUUCGCGGGAACCCGGCAGUAGCGGCGGCCAACCCUCCCGUUCGGCGGAAUCGGAAGUCCGAUCAGGGCCCUAACGGAAACAAUGAGCAGAAGAACCGGGGUCCGAGCUCGCCUACGAAGCAGAGGUCCUCGAAUGCGCCGGAAUCCGGCAAGAGUCGGCCGCCACGUAGGCGGAUCUCUGCCCUGAAUCCUUCGAAAACUCUUCCGAACCAAGUUGGGCAGAGUCAAAUUAACGGGCGACCGCCACCCAAUCGGCGGACAAAGCAAGAAGUCACUACCAAACAGAGAAUAGGCUCGCGGGCGGAGGUGGAUACCGCGGGUUCGAUCGCUAAUUCUCCAUUGGGCUUCGAGAGGUCGUGGGCGGCGGACUACGGGGCAGGACGGCAGCUGUUGGAGCGGUGCGACCGGUUGCUGCACAGCAUCGCGGCGUUCACGGCGGAGGAUCAGGUCGCCACCGGAGCGGUGCAGGUUGUAGCCGCAGCGGAGCAGCAGCCAAGUCCUGUAUCGGUCCUCAACUCGCCAAUCCUUGGCGAGGAGACCUCCCCGCGCUCUCCGGUCUCCAAGCGUUCCAUCGAUUUCAAAGAAGAUCGACCAGCCGAGUGCAACGAGGACGCCGUUGCAUCGGACGGAGGAGACGGUCCGGAGGCGCAGGCGGAGGAAGAGGUAGUUAUCGAUGAUGACGACGACGACUAUGCGUACGUGGUGGAGAUCCUCCGCCUCACCCACAGCCACGGCGACACGACCGACGUGUACGCCUUCGUCGAGAAGCGCCGCGGGGUCAGCUCGGACGCCUCCAAGUCCCUGCGCCUCCGCCGUCGCCUCAUAUUCGAUGCCGUAGUGGAGAUCCUCGACCGGAAACGCGGCGUGUCGCCCCCGCCCUGGGAGUCAUUCGUGCGCCCGGGAUUCCUGUCGGUGGCGGCACCCAACAGUGCCGCCCUGCUGCUGACGGAGGUGUGGUCGGAGCUGCGGCAAGCACGGGAGCAGGCAUCGGCCGCCGACCUUUCCGACGUCACGAGCUGGGCAGUGCGCAGGGACCUGGCCGCGGAAAACCUCGAGUGCUGGGCCAGGCCCGCCGCGGAGGUGGCCGACGCCGUCAUCCAAAUCGAACGCCAGAUAUUCAAGGACCUCGUCUCCGGCGCCAUCAGCGACCUCGCCGACGCGAAGCCCCGCCACAAGGCGGUGUUCUAAAUCAACGCCGUCGGAUGACGGUCAAACAGCCGUGAAAUGGGGGUGUGGUGGCCGGCGGAGCGACGGAUCCUGAUGGCAAUGUGGGCCGUGGUGACGUGACGGGCGGGAGAAUGAUUUGGGGAACAAGGCACGUGACACGCGAUUGAGCCCACGCCGACUGGCUUGGAAGGUCAUGGGAUUCGGCGGGCAGUAGGACCACCGGCAGCCUCAUGAUGGAGCAGAAUGGACGAUCAUCAUCGUCAUUUACGUCUUCUCAUGAUGGAGAGUCAUGCGGCAGAGUGUCAGAUGUGUCUUUUGCUGCUUCGAAUGCGCAUGUGUGUUGUUCUCGGAGACUCAACGACGUGAUAUGCGAAUAUGAUUUCAAUGUAAUGACAUUGCACAUUAUUCCUCAAAAGUGAUUUCUAGGAAUGCUGUGGCACUGUCUAAUUGGAGAGACAAUAUUUAAAAGCCUAAUUCUUUAUUGCUAA